AUGAACUGGUUAAUGCAUAUAAUUACACUCCAAGUAUUAUCAAAUUUGUUGUGCAUAAGAAGUGAGCCAUGCUUUUGUGAGGAGGUUCGUAUUAUUGAUGGUGAUGUUAGGAAUACUUUUAAGUAUGCCACAUAUAUCGAAUGUGAGUCGUCAAAUUUGGAUUUAAAUUUUAUGGAAUCCUUAACUGAAAUGAAAUGUUUUGAAGAUUACACCAGCGCAACUGUUACAGUUGGCAUGAAUACGGCUGAAAGUUUGAAAUUAGUUGCCAUGAGACUCAAUGGUUGUCUAGAAACUACUUACUUGUCAAAUUUGGAGAGCUUGCACGAGUUAUAUAUUACUCAUACCAAAUUAAUAUUUACAAAUGAAUCGUUUGAAGGAACACCUCGUUUAACAAAAUUAUAUCUCAGACAUAACUAUAUAGAAGAUAUACCUGUGGGUAUGUUCAAACCACUUACUCAUUUAAAAAUAUUAGAUUUAGAAGAUAAUAAGUUAACCACAAUAAAUAGUGAUCUAAUUUAUGGUAUUCCAUUGAUAUAUUUGAAUUUGGACACAAAUUAUUUAACAUCUUUGGACCUAAAUUCUCAGAGUCUGGAGUAUUUGGAUGUAACCAACAAUAGAAUUACUUCUUUAACUGUUGGACGUCUCUAUCGACUUUAUACUAUAUUAUUAAACAAAAAUAUUUUAGUAACAAUGCCUGACCAAACAUUUAAAAACACUUCUUUAACGUCAAUCGAAUUCAGCUAUGGUAACUUUACUACCAUACCUCAAAGAUUUUUAACAAAUUUAGACGGAUUGGGUAAUGUUAAUCUCACGUCAUUAAACAUAAAAAAGGUACCCAAAAAUAUGAUUUGGAAUUCAACAAAUAUUUGGCAAUUAACAUUAGCUUCAAAUUGUUUGACUGAACUACCAGUGAUGUUUUUUCGAGAUGCUACGAAAUUAAAAUUCUUAGAUUUAUCUAAAAAUCAAAUUGAAAAUAUCAAAUAUAAAUUACUGUUACCAUUAAAAAAACUAGAAUUCAUAGAUUUAUCCAAUAAUUUAAUAACUAAAAUUGAAAACUGCGGUUUAUGGCCUUUAAGCUACUUAUUAGAGUAUUUGAAUUCGGAAAGAAAUGUGAUGGCAACUUUUGAACCUGAAAGAUACUAUAAUUUCAAGGAAUUACAAAAAAUAAAUUUGGCUCAUAAUAAAAUAAGUAAAUUGACCUCAUUUGACUCAAAUUAUAGUAUAAUUGAAAUUUUACUUAAUUUAAUUUAUAUUAAUCUAUCAAGUAAUAACUUCACUGUACUCAGAAUACAAGAUAUACAGUACAUAAAUGAAAUUGUCGAAAUUGAUCUUGAAAAUAAUCCAUUAGAAGUAAUUGAUAUGUCAAAUUUAGAAAUAUUUGGUAGUAACAACUUCUUGAAUAAUAGACAUCUAAAGCUGUCUAGUGAUAAAUUCAUUUGUGAUUGUCGUAAUUAUAAGUUUGCAAGAUUUUUACAUUAUAACCAAAUGCCAAAAAUUAAACAAAAAUUGAUUUGCAAUGAUGGAUUGCGUACAGAAUUUUCAGAUGUGAAUAUCGAAAGUUUAAUAUGUGACUGGAAAAUUUUUGAGGAUGUAGACAAGACUGACUGUUUUGAAUGUGAGUGUACUUACCGUCCUCAUGACAAAUCUGCCCUGAUGAAUUGUUCAAAUAGAAAUUUAAUAUUGGCACCGGAAGUAAUAAUUUCAAGUAAAAAUGUUAAUUAUACAGAACUGAAUUUAAGAAAUAAUUCCAUCACUAAGUUACCAAACUAUGAAAAUUUAAACAUCAAGAAGUUAAAUAUUGGUUAUAAUAAUUUAAAUACCAUUAACAUGACGCAGUUACCUAAAAAUCUUACGGAAUUACACUUGGAACAUAAUAAUCUUACAAUGAUUAGUGAGACGAAUUUGACCAAUAUAUUACCCAACUUAAACAACUUAACAAUGAACAGUAAUCCAUGGAUAUGUGAUUGUAAUGCCAAGAAUACUGUCAAUUUUAUUCACAAAUAUAGAUCUAAGAUUUUUGAUUUAAUCAAUAUCACAUGCAAAUCAUCAACUCUGUUAGUUACCCUGAUUGAGGAAGAAGUAUGCCAAGAAAAAUUAAACACUACCAUGAACAAUGUAUCUUUAUUUUCCGUAUCUUUGUUUUUAGCCGUGUUGAGUUCAGCAUUUAGUUUAUGUUUGUUAUGGUUGUUGUAUAGUUACAACCAGACUAAAAUCAAAAUAUGGCUGUACUCUCAUAACAUAACAUGGCCAAUAUCUGAAGAAUCUCUCGACCAGGAUAAAAAAUAUGAUGCAUUUAUUAGUUUCUCUCACAUAGACAUAGAACUAGUUGAAAAGCAUUUAGUACCAGGCUUGGAAGGAGGCAGCUCACCGUUUAAACUUUGUCUUCACUAUAGAGACUGGGUAGUCGGUGAUUGGAUUCCUAAUCAAAUUGCUCGGUCAGUUGAUGAAUCUCGAAGAAUUAUUAUUGUAUUAUCACAAAAUUAUUUAGAGAGUGUUUGGGGUCGUACAGAGUUCAGAACAGCUUAUUCUAGUGCUCUGAACGAACGCCGCAGUCGUAUAAUCGUCAUACUUUAUAAAGACAUAUCAGAGAAAGAUUUAGAUUCAGAGUUAGAAGCAUAUCUGUCCAUGAAUACUUAUAUUAAAUGGGGAGAUCGUUGGUUUUGGCAGAAAUUGAGAUAUGCUCUUCCGCAUAGACCAGCUACGAAAAACAAAACUAGAGCUAAGAUAAUAGUACCAGAUAAAUUAAAUUCUGUUCGGUUAACAUAA